UAGUGGUGAAGCCUAUGUCCUAGCGUCCUCAUUGAGUCAAUAAUACUCAUGUCAUACUCUUACAUGAAUCCCUUGUUCUUGCUGCUGAUUCUACACCUGUUCUUCCUUCACCUAAACCUCUCAGCCUUUGGAAUUGGCAGAGACCAAUUUGUCUACUCAGGUUUCACCAGUGCGAACCUCACCCUUGAUGGUGCAGCUACCAUCACACCAAAUGGCCUACUUGAACUCACUAAUGGCACUGCUCGUCUCAAAGGCCAUGCCUUCCACCCGACCCCAAUCCACGUCAGCAAAGAACCCCACGGCACAGUACAGUCAUUUGCUCUCUCCUUCAUCUUUGCCAUCUACUGUGUCCAGCCCGACAUCUGUGGUCAUGGCAUCGCCUUCCUUCUUGCCGCACACAAGAACUUCUCGAACACAAUGCCGAUGCAGUACAUGGGACUCAUCAAUGAACACAGCAACGGAAAUGUGACCAACCACUUCUUUGCUGUUGAGCUCGACACCAACUGUAAUGAUGAAUUCAAGGACAUAGACAACAACCAUGUUGGCAUCGACAUCAACGGGCUCAAUUCUGCGAAUUCCAGCAGUGCUGGGUACUACGACAACAGAAAUGGUAACUUCCACAACUUGACACUAGCAAGCUACAAAGUGAUGCAGGUGUGGGUGGAAUAUGAUGAGGAUAACACACAGAUCAAUGUGACCUUGUCUCCCUUAAACGUGGCCAAACCAUUCAAACUGCUGCUCUCUACCACCUACAACCUAUCAAGAGUGCUCGGAGACAAGGCAUAUGUCGGUUUCUCAUCAUCGACAGGUUCAUUCAUUUCACGGCAAUAUGUUCUUGGUUGGAGUUUUGGCAUGAACAGGCCUACUCUUCCCAUUGAUAUCACCAAGCUACCAAAGCUACCCCAUGAAGGCCCCAAUCCUCAAUCCAAGGUUUUGGAGAUCAUACUUCCAAUAACUACUGCAGCAUUUGUUAUUAUUGUAGGCACCAUUGUCAUUCUUCUGGUUAGAAGGCGGCUAAUGUAUGCUGAAAUACGAGAAGAUUGGGAGGUUGAGUUUGGACCAAACAGAUUUUCAUAUAAGGACUUGUUUUAUGCUACUGAAGGAUUUAAGAACAAGAAUCUACUGGGCAUUGGAGGAUUUGGAAGGGUAUACAAGGGAGUUCUUCCAAAAUCUAAGGUGAUGGUUGCUGUGAAGAAAAUCUCCCAUAAUUCUAAGCAGGGCAUGAAAGAAUUUGUUGCCGAGGUUGUAAGCAUUGGCCACCUCCAACACCGUAAUCUUGUGCAGUUACAUGGCUAUUGCCGCCGAAAAGGUGAACUUAUUUUAGUGUACGAAUACAUGCCAGGUGGAAGUCUUGACAGGUACUUGUAUGAUCAAGAGAACAAGCCUACUUUGAAUUGGGAUCAAAGAAUGCGAAUAAUCAAAGGAAUAGCAUCUGGCUUGCUUUACCUCCAUGAGGAAUGGGAGAAGGUAGUACUCCAUCGGGACAUCAAGCCAAGCAAUGUGCUCCUUGAUGGUGAAAUGAAUGCACAUCUAGGUGAUUUUGGUCUAGCCAGGCUAUACGACCAUGGUGCCGAACCUCAGACCACACAUAUUGUUGGUACCAUUGGUUACCUAGCUCCAGAGCUAGGACGAACUAAAAAGGCAACUCCACUUACCGAUGUAUUUUCCUUUGGUAUGUUUGUUCUUGAAAUUACUUGCGGGAGAAAACCCAUUGAGCAAACUGGCCAAGAUAGGCAACUGCUAUUGGUCGAUUGGGUACUUGACUGUUGGCACAAAGGAUUAGUCACAGAUGCAGUAGAUGUCAAGCUCCAAGGUGCCUACAAUGUUGAUGAGGCAUGCCUAAUACUAAAGAUGGGAUUGCUGUGCUCACACCCAUUUAUCAAUCUAAGGCCAAGCAUGAGGGAAGUCAUGCAGUAUCUCAACGGCAACGUUCCACUACCGGAUAAGUUAACGCCAGCUGAUAUGAGCUUUAGCAUGCUGUCUUUCAUGCAGAACAGAUGUUUCAACCCAGCGACCUUGACAAACUCAUUCUCAACGACAAAUAACAGUAUGACAUCUGACCUCACAGGAGGUAGAUGAAAUGCAUGUACUCUAAAAAUUAUCUUGCUGUCUUUAUCAUAAGAAAAUGUGAUUUGGUUGAACCAUUGAUAUAUUCAGAUUGUAAAAUUAAGAGCACUAUA